GUCAAUAACAAUGAUCGUUUCCCUGCUUGUCGUCGCUUUUUUAUUCUGCCUGUUUUUGAUUAUAGGCGCUUAUUACCGACUUGGCCGUAUUUCGAUGGAGUCGCUGAGGUGUUUAAUGUGCUUUUUGUCGAGCAGAGAACGACAGAGUGAUGUCAGAGCUUUGAUUGUAACCGCACAUCCGGACGACGAGUGUUUGUUUUUCGCACCAACGAUCAUAAGACUCGUUCAGCUGCGCGCCAGCGUUCAUUUACUGUGUUUAUCUGCAGGAAAUUACUACAAUCAAGGGUCUGAGCGCAAAGAAGAACUUGUCAACAGCUGUGCUGUGUUGGGGAUACCAGCCUCCAGGGUCACCAUAAUAGAUCAUGAAAAGCUUCCAGAUGAUCCUGAAGCCGAGUGGAGCACCUCACUGGUCUCUUCUCUAAUUGUGAAGCACUUGAACACUCACUCCUUCAACAUGGUGCUGACCUUUGACAGAAGAGGAGUCAGUGGCCACGCCAAUCACAUAGCAAUUUAUAAAGCUGUCAGCCAUCUUGCAUCCAGCGGACAGAUAUCUGAUGACUGCUGUUUGCUGUCCUUGGUGACUGUUGGUGUCUUCAGAAAGUACCUCUCCUUCCUGGAGCUUCCUCUUAGCUGGUUACUGCCCUCAAGUUUCUGCUGUAUUUUACACCCUGACUGCUACAAGCAGGCCACAGCCGCCAUGCUUUGUCACCGCACUCAGCUCCUGUGGUUCCGAUACCUCUACAUCAUCUUCUCACGGUACAUGCUUGUAAACACUUUCCAGAUUAUCCCACAAGGACCAAAGAACCUGAAGAUCAAUUAAAAGUAUUAUUUGUCUUAUUUAGAGUGACUGAACGUGU